AUGGCGACGACAGCGCGCGCGAUGGGGCCGACGGCGCGCGCGCGGGGGCGUGCGACGCUCGGACGCGCGCGCGGACGUUCGGCGCGCCCGCGCGUGGACGCGCGCGCGGUGGACGCGGCGGUGGCGCUCGCGGUGGCGCAGCAAGACGUCGCGUUCGCGGCGUGCGCGCUCGGUGAGGCGCUGGUGACGCGAGAGAACACCGCGACGGGUACGCCGGGACGACCGAACUUGAUGGUCGUCGGACCGGCGUGUGGGACGCUCGUGGGGGCGUUCGCGUUGAUUCAGAGCGACGACGGGACGGCGACGCCGGCGGGACUGGCGAUCGCGGCGGCGGCGUCGGGGGCGCUCUUGGUGCAGUACGCCAAGCGUUUCGAUGACACCCCGAGGGCGCCGUUGGAGUGGCCGGGACCGAGAUUGUACCCGACGCUCGGGGUGAUGUUUUCGUUGUUCGCGUUGCUCGCGAACGCGGAGGCGCUGCCGCGGAUCCUGAACCCGCUCGCGGUGGGAUAG